AUCAAGCAAAUAAACAGGCAAAUACAUGAUUUUUCAUUCAUUUCUCAAGAAAAUACAUAUCACCUUAAACAUUAAAUCGAAAAAAUAGAGAAAUCAACCAAAAAGCAACACAUCCACGGCAGAAUUUUCUGAGAAAAAUGGAUCCAGAUCUGAUGGGAGGGAUCCCACCCACGAGACCAGGCUCCCAUCGUCCCCUUCCCCACCAUUCCCAGAAAACUCCUCUGUUCAAAGAUUUACCUAAACAGAAGCAGACACAGCAAAUAAGCCCUCCGUCAACCUCCGGAUACAAAAACCGAGCCCCCUUUCAACAGAAAAUUUUUCCUUUCCUCCGCCGUCAACACCAGAACCACACAAACAAAAAGACCUCCGGUGCUAACCUAAAACCACCUAUUUAUACCCAAAAACCCUAAAAGGAACAUUCUAGAAAUCAAUCUCCGGGUCUUUUGGAUCCCGGUUUUGGGCUCCUCCAAUCACCAGAAUUUGCAAUGUAUUUGGGCCUCUCCAAUCCUCACCAUUUUACUAGAAUCCGAAAAUGCAUUUGGGCCUCCAUUCAUGCCCAAUUCUUCCUGUCGUCAUCCACCCGUAGCUGGCAUAGAUUUGCAAAUUUAUUCCAGUUGCAGGGAGAUCAGAAUUUUGCCAAAUCGUCAAAGCUCCGCGUGCACAUCACCGCCACCACCAAUCAACAGAUCCAGCUUCAAUUGCUCCGGUUCCGCUGUUCACUCGCCAUUGACCUUCUCCGGUGAGUUGGGCCAUUUCUUCUUUCCGAAUCCAACAACUGUGGUGAUGAAGCGAGGUUGUAUUGCAUCCACUUGUAAGCGCGGCCGCGUGGCUUCUUCUUCUUAUCCUGCUUCGCGACUUUGGGGGUUUGCCCUCUCACCUUACCGGCACGAGCCAAAGAUCCGUGAACCUUACCGAUGGCUGAUCGUCGAAGACUGCUCCCGGCGCUGAGAUGUGGCUUCUGCUCUCAGAUUCGUGCUUCAGGCGGUGAGUAGAUGAUAGGAGGCCAUCGGCUGGAUUAGGAAGGAGAGAGGCUCAGGAGGAAGCAAGCCGAAAGUGAGGGUGAGGGGCUGUUGGAUCUGUUGGGAAGAGGCCGGUUUGGGAAGGAGGAGAGAAGGAAGCUGAAGAUGGUGAAAGAUAGCUUUGACGGUGAUGAUGGGGCUGCUGGUGACUGGAUGGAGAGGAAGAAGAUGGCUGCUUGCUGCAGGGGAAGAUUCGAGAGGGAGAGAGAAAAACCG